UACCUUCGUGCCACAUCUCUGCCGCGAUUGUUAUGCGAACGCAUAGUUGACGUAACUUUUUUAAGAGUGGGCCAUAGUGGACACUCCUUCUUAAAUGUGUUAAUCUUGUUUCUUUACGUGCACAUGCGCACCCUCACUGUUGUUUGACAGCAGUGGGACACGUCAGCUCAAAUGGUCUCGCCUGAACAUGCUUACAGCGUUUGCUCCCUGCCCACUCAAUCAGGGACGUCUACCGUGCCAGGAGAAUGCAGGUUUGCUCCUGCGGCGACCUCGAGCUGCUGCCCGAAGAGUUGCGCUCCAGUCUGGCGCGUGCUGAGAUUGCCACAUCGAACAUGCGCGGAAACUGCCUAAAGAAGCAAAUAUCCUGCGCCGCAUACAACACCACGCACCAGAUGACCAGGAUGGCUCUGCAUCUGGCCAAGGCUGUGAAGGAAGGCGUCAUCCGGUCAGAGGACCUGACCGGCGAGUUCCUGGACGAGUACGUGGCGCUGACCGAGAGUCCCGAGGCCGACCUGCUGCUGCGGUCGGGGGGCGACCAGCGGUUCAGCGACUUCCAGGUGCUGCAGUGCAACUACGCCUACUUCCACCUGGACGCCAAGCUGUGGCCCUCGGUGGGAUUCCUCGACUGGGCGCGAGUCAUGAUCCUCUUCCAGCUGCACUGGCCGGCUAUGCAGGCCAUCAAGGAGAGGCACCGUCUAAUGGCUUCCUACGGCAGCGGCAGAUCGGACCCCGAGCAAGUGAUUCGCCAGCGAACGUUCUUACGGCACGCCCACGCUGCUAACAUCCUCAACAUGGAACGGCUCGCUGGUCUCCGGAAAGACGUGGUUUGCCAAUAAAACUGCGUACCGGCUUCACUGCAAUAUAACGCCGCUAACACGGCAAACAGCGCAAGCGCGGUACAAGUAGACUGAAUACAAUGGAAAAACACAGACCGUUUUGGACCAGAGUUGCGGGUGUAGGGCCGUUCAUUACAUUCCCAAUCCCCUUCUGGAGUGUGGAGGACCCAGUGAUACAACUCACGUUAACUCCUCGGAAUGGUGGCACUUGCAUCAUUCUCACUGACUGUGUGACUGACUGUCAACCGUUUUCUAGAGACAUUCAGCCCAGUAUUAGCACGGUAACGCUUACUAAAGGGCACAUUCUCACAAUCUUGUGUACCUAUAAAUAAAAAUCGCAUAGUAACAUUUAUUCAAGUAACCUUAAUAAAGGAACAUACUCUCACAAUAUUUUGU